AUGAAUUUCAACGCCCUUGUAGAUCAGACUGCAGAAAGAAAUAAAUCACGAACUUUAAAGUCAAGAUCAAACCUGAAAGAAUAUAUAUUAAUUUUUCAUGAUGCUCACAUUCGAAGGUUUACGAACGAUUCAGUAAUAUUAAUCGUUGGAGCUAAUCUUAAUGGAACUAGAGCGUAUGGCACUGUGGGCUAUUUCGUAAAACUAGAUGGUUUUUCAGUGCUGGUUAACAUAGCCAAAUUGGAAGAUAUCCGUAAGGGGAUAGCCCAAAACAUCAUGCUAUUGCAUAAUGCGUCAGAGCCAGAAGUUGUUGGCAUUUCAUUUGUUGAAUUGGUUCUUCAGGAAAACAUAAUGUUGAAAUUUUUCGUCAAUAUAUUUGCAAUUUUGAUGGGAGAUGCAGAGUGA